AUGGCACCCAGUCUCACAGUCGUCGUGCUUGGGCUGUUCCUCGCUGCGAUUUCAGCGGCGCAAGAAGAUUCCAAUCUUGGAGGCAACGCGGAUCUGCGGGUGAGGGAAGAAACCCCAGUUGGACGUCGGGAGUGGAUCUCAUACAGCUGCGCCUAUUAUUCCUAUUGGGAAGAUCGCUUUGUAAACAGACCAGAUGGCACUCCUUGCAGGCUUCGCAGGCACAGGUACGGAGUUUGCAAGGAUGGAAGUUGUGUGCCCCGAAGUCCUUCCACAACUACGGAAGAGCCGAGUUCUACCACUCAAACUGACCCCACGACCAAAACUAAUUCAAUCAACGACGAAGAAGUGGACACAGCUGCAGCUACAGAAAAAUAUUGACCCUCAGUCGCCAACCUUACUCAGGUCGCAGAGGUGUCCACAAGGCCCAUUCUCUUCAGCGAAUAACAAAGUCUCCCAGCUAGAGAAAAAAAGAAUAAUGAGCACUUCGUUCAAAAUAGUUGAAUUUCCCGUGAUCGUGUGUUUUGAGCCUCACUGCUAGAAUGCCAAGCACUGUAUCAACAAAAUCAUUGGAUUAAAAAUAAAAAUCUCCCAUUCUAAA